AUGCCAGAAGACGAUAUAAUUUCACUGCCUCUGAACAUUGCGGAGAAUGUAACAACCGAGUUUCGAAUGCAUACAAAGCUGCUUAUUUGGGAAGUUUCGAGACAUCAGACAAAACAAGAUAAAGAUGGAUCGAUUCGAAGAACAGCUCAACCAAUCAGCAAGUAAGUUACUUAUUGGAAAUUAUUUUUUGGGUGAGACUGAACAAAGGCAACUGUUCUAUAAAAAGUAGAGAUUCACAGAAAAAAAAAAACAUUUUUUUGAUCUAAACAAAAAAUUACCAAGUUGUGGGCUCUGGAGUAGAAAACUACAUACCGUUCUAAUGAACUUUUAAUUUCAGGACGAUUUGUGCAUUCUUAAACACAGCUGGCGGUAAAAUUUACAUUGGUGUUGAUGAUUUUCGAAUGGUUCGCGGUGUUCGUUUGAGUAAAAACAUGAUUCAACAUUUCUUUGGAUCAUUUCGUGCAAUGUGCGAACAAUUCAAACCAAUUAAUCCAAUGGAUUUGAUCAAAAUUUCUAUUGCACAAGUUAUUCAAACUGGAAAUGAAAAAGAAGCAAUUUUGCGAGAUGUCGAUAUUAAUGAACCUGAUUUUGGCGGAGAAAUGACACAUCAUGCAAUUGGUGGAACUUAUGUAAGUUUUAAAACUAUUAUUUAUUUUUGAAAAAUUUUAUUUUUUCAGUGUGAUUGUUUCAAAGAAAACGAUAGAUUUCCAACUAAUCGAUAUUUAAUUACAAUCUAUGUGAAAGCUCCAAAACGAGACGCGCCAACUGUUAUUUUUCAAAAUGAAGAAGGAUUGGUUUAUCGGUGAGUUUUCCUAAUUUUUCAUCAAAGUUUUUUUGAAAAAUCUGUAAUUUUAGUCGCCGUUUGGCUUCCAACAAAUGUGUGUAUCUCGACGAUCUUCGCCUUCUUCGCGCAGAAAAGAAAAAUAAAGUAUUUGUUGAUCUUCACGAUGAAAUCCGUCACGAAAUCGACAAACUUAUAACUUUUUAA